CCCGGUGCGCUCCCGCGGACAGCAGGUGUUCUUGGCCGUGGCGCGGGGCGUCCGGGGCGCGGCGUGGGGAGCGCUCGGGACGGGGCGUGGGCGCCGGGAGCGCCGGGCGGAGCCUUGAAAAGUGGCCGGGCGGGCGGCGGCCCAGACGCGCCAGGGACCAUGCCCGGCAACGGCAGCGCGCUGCCCAACGCCUCGCGGCCGGGGCCCGGCGGGGACGCAGCGCGGCCGCAGCCCUCGUGGCUGGCGUCCGCGCUGGCCUGCGUCCUCAUCUUCACCAUCGUGGUGGACGUCCUGGGCAACCUCCUGGUCAUCCUGUCCGUGUAUCGGAACAAGAAGCUCAGGAACGCAGGAAACAUCUUCGUGGUGAGCUUAGCAGUGGCAGACCUGGUAGUGGCCGUUUAUCCAUACCCGUUGGUGCUGACCUCGAUAUUUAACAACGGGUGGAACCUGGGGCACCUGCACUGCCAAGUCAGUGGGUUCCUGAUGGGCCUGAGCGUCAUCGGCUCCAUCUUCAACAUCACCGGCAUUGCCAUCAACCGCUACUGCUACAUCUGCCACAGCCUCCGCUACGACAAACUGUACAGCAGCAAGAACUCGCUCUGCUACGUGCUCCUCAUCUGGCUCCUGACGCUCGCGGCCGUCCUGCCCAACCUCCGCGCUGGGACCCUCCAGUACGACCCCAGGAUCUACUCCUGCACCUUCGCGCAGCCCGUCAGCUCUGCCUACACUGUCGCCCUGGUGGUUUUCCACUUCCUCGUCCCCAUGGUCAUUGUCACCUUCUGCUACCUGAGAAUAUGGAUCCUGGUUCUCCAGGUCCGACGCAGGGUGAAGCCUGACCACAAGCCCAGGCUGAAACCACAGGACUUGAGGAACUUCGUCACCAUGUUUGUGGUGUUCGUGCUCUUUGCUGUUUGCUGGGCUCCCCUGAACUUCAUUGGUCUGGCCGUGGCCUCCGACCCGGCCAGCAUGGUGCCCAGGAUCCCGGAGUGGCUGUUUGUGGCCAGUUACUACAUGGCGUAUUUCAACAGCUGCCUCAAUGCCAUUAUAUACGGGCUGCUGAACCAAAACUUCAGGGAGGAAUACAGGAGAAUCAUCGUCUCGCUCUGUACAGCCAAGAUGUUCUUUGUGGAUAGCUCCAACGAUGUGGCAGAUAGGGUCAAAUGCAAACCGUCUCCACUGAUGACCCACAAGAAUCUGGUAAAGGUGGAUUCUGUUUGAGAAAGCACCCCCUUCCUGGCCAGACGCACAUGCUGCCCGAGGCCUCGCUCCUCUCUGCGUUUGCUUUCCUGUUGACAGAAGUCUAGGAAAACAGAGUGAUGGAGGAGGCUUCCAACUUUCACCUGGUUGCUGCCAUAGUUUGAGUUAAAGUGCUGUCAGCUUUCUGACCACAUCUCCAAUCUACUGGUCAAGGCAGUUACAUGUUGACUGAGGAAUGUGAUUCAGGGCUUGGGGGAGAGUCAGCUGCUGAAUGCAUUCAGGUGAAGAAGGAGCGUGCAAACACACUGGAAGUGAGUGCCCCAAAGGGGGCAGCUGCAUUCUUCUCCACUUUAUGAAGAUUUCCAGUGGAAAAACGAAUAGAGAACUUUAUUUAUAAAUGGAUCAA